AUGGCCCUAGGUAUCGCUAACCUGUUCCAUGUCAACGCUGUCAUCGCCUUCGGAAUAGUAGCUAUCGUCCAGAGUCUAAUCAUACUCUUCGUAGAGGUCCCUUUCCUACUCAAAAUAUGUCCCCUAAGUGAGAACUUCAUCAAUUUCAUUAAAAACUUCGAAACUAACGGCUACAGAUGCAUCUUCUACACCCUAAUGGCCAUCGUCCAAUGGUGCUCCCUCGCACUCAUGGUCACAAGUCUGAUCGUGGUCGCCAUAUGUUUGACUAUAUCCGCCAUCUUUUACGCAAUUGCUUACUUCAAAAAUCAAGAAUUCCAACAUACUACAAAUGUAAUUAAAAAUCCAACGGAUGACGACUUCCCUCACGACGCUGUCGUAAGAGAAAUGCUAUAA